AUUCUCGGCCUUCCGAAACGCGCGCUCUUGUCGAGUGUGCUCGACGUCUUCAGAAAUUUAGGAUGGCUAGCCCAAGGACACGGCGAGUGCUAAUGGAUGUCAAGAAAACUAAUGCGAACCAUUUAUGUUUCGAAUGUGGGUCGCCAAAUCCUCAAUGGGCUAGCGUUACAUAUGGUAUUUGGAUAUGUUUAGAGUGUUCAGGAAAACAUCGUGGAUUGGGGGUUCAUUUGAGUUUUGUUCGCUCAAUUAACAUGGAUAAAUGGAAGGAGUUGGAGUUGGAAAAAAUGAAAGUUGGAGGCAACAGACAUGCUAAGGAGUUUUUCGUUUCACAACCUGAUUACAGACCUCAGUGGAGUUUUCAAGAAAAGUAUAAUAGUAAAGCUGCUGCUUUGUUGAGAGAUAAGAUUGCAACUGAAGCGUCUGGUGAGGAUUGGGACGAAGAAGCUGCUAAUAUACGUAAUAAUAAACCUACCAGUAUAAGUCAUGUAAAAACAACCGGUGAUCUACCAUCUUUAUCCUCAGAUAAACGAAACUUUCAUAAUCAUAAUGAUUAUCAAACCCCUGACUAUUAUCCUGAAUCAAACAAAAUGACCAGUUGCCAUUCAGAUUUGGAAUCCUGGUUAAGGGAUCCAAACUUAUCCGAGGAGCAUGAUUCAUCUACAACACCAGCAACGAAAACAACAACUACUUCUGCCAAUGCACGUUAUGAUAAGGUUCCAGAUUGGGCUGACUCUAAAUUUAUGGAUGAUAAUGGUAAAUAUACGAAUUCUUCGUCUAGGCAUUAUUCAUUAGUACCCGAACGAAAUGAUAAAUAUUCAUGGCAGUCAGGUUGGGCAAUGGUUAGUCAAGUGGCCUCAGUUGCUGCUAAAUGUACCAGUCAAUUAGCAUCUCAAGCAACACAAAAAACCAAAGAAUUAACUCAAUCCGUCCAGGAAAAAGUUAAAGAUAGCAAUAUUUUGGAUUCAUUAUCAAAAGGUGUUGAUACUGUUACCUCAAAGUUGCAAACAGUGAAAGCGCAAGGAAUUCGAAGUUUUGAAUCAUAUUGGACCAGCAAUCCUGAAUCAGAUCUGUCUACCGGAAAUUUUGACAAAUCAUAUGGGUCUACUCUCUUCAAUAAUCGUGAACAAGAUCGUCCCAGUUCAAUGUUUCUUGAUCAACACCUACAACAUGGAACCGAUUCGUUUAAUAGAAGUGAAGGAAAAGGUAAUACUUUUUUGUUCACAUUCAAAAUUAAGAAUGUUUCGUGUGCAACUGUGUGUUAUAGACGAGGUUUUUGACAACUAUUGAAACGGGAUUUCAGUUGAUAAAUUCGCUGUGUAGAGUGGUUAUUUAUAGAUGAACACAAUGAUAUGAUGUGUGGCCAAGUGAUGGUUAGUUACGAGACUGUAUUAUUGACAGAAUUCGCCGAAUAAUUAGGGAUGACUGACAAGACUACUAGUUGGAUGAAUAUAUUUUCUAUGUGAUAUAUUAAUGUAGUUAUAUUUGGAGUGUGAACAGAAAAUAAAAAUGGUAGAAUGUAAUGGGGAAUCGGAGUAAAUUAGCCUGUAGGUCACUGGCCCGGGGACGUGACUCUAGAUUUCAAGGGACGAUUUCUCAUGGCCGAUAACACGACCUUUUCAUGACAAGUUUGUAAUGUGUGUUAGCUACGCACUUCAAACUGUCUUAUUAUCAGAGAAAAACCUCUAUGGUAAGGUGAGGUUUAACAUUUCCGCCUCCUUCCUUCUAUUGUGAGAAAGCUUCAUCGUCGCAGAUUCCUGUUGUCUAUCGAAAACACCUUAAUUCUGUCACACCCCUGUACAGUCAGCAGUAUGAACUCACUCUCGAACCUUUAGUUUGUAAUUUUAGUUUUACCGAUCUCCAACCGACCUGCCUGGAAUAGUAGGAUCCUAAAAGAACAAGUGUUCCAGUUAGUCUAUCUCGAUUGGUUGAUCACAAUAGGCAAACCCGACUAUCACUUCAAGGUAGCAGCUGCUGUCAGCUACAACCAUAGCGUUUUAUUCGUAUUCCUCCUAACAUACGCAAUUAAAGAAAAAGAGGAAAUGGGUGGUUUCACAGAAGAGCUUUUGGUAUCUCCGAACGAUGCGAAAACAAGAUUCAACUAUUUCAUACCCGACUAUUUCUAUCUGUCAUCGCACAACCAUAACCGCGUAAUCCCAGCUUUUUGCUGUUGCCAAGACCAUAUAUAUUUUUUACAGAGACUUCAUCAUUACAUACACUUAGGGACCUAUUUUGCAUGGAGUUGCCUUACCAACUUUUGUCAACUUAUGUCAUACUUGCAAGAGAUUGGAUUACUUGAAUUUUCAGUGUUAGUUAUUGAUAAUAUUAAUACUUGUUAAUUAUUCCAAAUGACAGUUUAUUGUGUUUGAUGUGAAAGAUAAUUGUAUAGGAUCAACUGGAAGAUAUUGUACUGUGUACUUCGAUUAUUACUUAACAUUUCUAUCAGUAUAUGGGUUGUGUAAAUUUAUAAAUAAAUAAAGUAGUAUAUCCAUUAGUUUAAAGAUUUUGACUAAUAAUAAUUACAAUAGACCUGCUUGAACUCUACUGGUAACGGCUUCUCACUAGAACUCCAGGAGUAUCUCUUGAAGUCAGUCACUACUAGUGAGCAGAUGAUUAUUAUCAGAAGGUGUUUUGUGGAGAUUUUUUUGCAAAUUUCAAUAGUUGAAAUCAUGAGUCAAUUGAAGCUAGACCACCAUGAGAAACAUGGAAGCACUGGACGGCCGUUUCGUCCUAGUAUGGGACUCCUCAGUGGCAGUGCGCAUCCACGAUCCCGCACUCCUCGAGAUUCGAACCCAGGACCUAUAUUUAUAAUCGACAAAAUUUCAUGAAAAAAGAAUGCAAACGGGUUUAUUUGACUUUCAAUAGCUCACUCCAUCUAUGAUCCAAGCAAUAUAUUAGACUAUAUGUUAAAGGGUAUGCACUGCUCACCAGUGCAUUAUAUUACUUAGCGAGUGGAAAAGAUCCGUAUGUCUUUCAUUAUUGUUUUUUUAAAGAUCAUCUUGUAAUGUAUGCAUGGAUGUGCAUGAUUGAUUAAUCAGCAUUCUAAUGGGUACUUUUUGCCUUAUAUGUAGUUCUUUAAGAAAUGCAGCGUGAGAUUAUAACUACUGUAUUUAAUGAUUUUCGGACUAGGUUGACCUUAUCUCACUCAAAAUAUACCUUAUUUGUGAGAAGCACACUUGAGCCAUCUUCGUUUCCAUUGUUUUAAACAUCUCCCCCUACUAUAAAUCCUCAAAAAUCAGACUCAUCAGUUACCUUGCCAUUUUACAUCUUGUCGUCUUCUAUAUCGUUACUUAGUUUUUUAGUAAAAUGUCUUCUUGCGGCAGCCUUUCAUCAUAUACCACGCGAAAGGCUGCUCAUACGCUUAAAAACCUCAAUAUAGAAGGCAGUAUUCGUUGUUUGUUCCUUAGGAAUAGAUUCAUGGUGAACUCUGUCAUAAAUGUCAAAAACGAUAAGUAGCAUUACCUUACUUGUUUAUAGUAUUUUUAAUGUUUGAGUUUCAUAUAUUGUUUUCCAUUCUUUGUUCUAUGUCUUCAAUUCAAUGUUUAAUUAGAUCCAAUAGUUAGUAUUUCAUAUAGAUCAGUCCAUGCAUUUAUUAGAUAAACUAUGUAAGUUAUUUGAAAUAGGUUACCUUAAAAAGAAUAAUCAUUUAAACAAACAAAUAUCCUUCAUAUUAUUGUUUAGGGGCUUCAUUGUCGAAUACCAAUUGGAAUAACAAUGAAACCUGUGAUUGGGAUUUAAGCAAUGAUCAUGGAUGGGGAUCAAUUGAUGAUAAUGGUUGGUCUACUACAACUGCUAGUGGUGGUAAUUCUAGGACAACACUAACUAAUGAAUCAGUUGUACAACGUGAUUCCAAACUUGAAAACAAUGGUUACAAUCGAAGAAGCCGUAAAAAUUCUUAAAUUCAAUUACUUGAUAAUUUAAAUUCUCCCAAUCUUUUUUUUGUUUUUGUUUUGUUUGGAAGUGUGAUCAAGGUCAUUUAUCUUAUCUUGUUUGCCCACUGUACCUAUUCAUUUCUUGGCUCUUUUUUUGCUUGAAUAAAAAUUGUUUUUCCCCCUAUUCUUUCUUUAAUUCGAAAUAAUGUGUAAUUUAUUUUCAAUCUGAAGAAAUCUUUUUCAUUUACUAUAUCUAUCUAUCUAUCUAUCUAUCUUGAUUUCGCUAUGUAAUCUUUAUAUAGUAGGAAUUAAAGAUGCACACAUCUAUAAAUUAUAAUCACUUGUAAUGGUAACUAAGCCAAUGAUCUUUCUCUCUUUGAUUUCUUAUCUUUUUUUGUUUUAAACCCAUUUGGCGUUUUGUACGAUAUUAGUAUCACUAAUUCAGUAGUAGUACUGUGUUUGGUAUGAGUAAUAUAUAGUAUGAAACGUUUGCACGGUUUAAGUAAAAAAUCAUCUUUUAUGUGGUUACGUUUGUUGUUUUUUUUACAGACAGAUGUGACUUAUUCAAUAUAUUCGCUUGUUCAAUUUUUGUUUGUGUUACUCUGAUUCAAUUAUUCAGUAAUUAGGCUUUUAAUUUAUGAAUGGUGAAUUUAAAUGUUGUUCAAUGACUUACUUCUAUGAAGAUGGCCCGUAGUAACAACUGGG